AAAUAUUAAAUUAGAAGCCAAUGGUAAUGGCAGUUUCCGAGCAACAACCAUCUUCCUCAGCCCUUCUAUAAACAAUUCAAAGCUCUCAAGAUCUUAUAAACCCACCCACCCACAUUUCCAUUUCUCUCUCGCCCCUAAAAUCAACUCAGAGCUCAAAUCCACCUCCGUCACCGCCGCCGCCGCCGCCCCUUCAAUCACUACAUGAGAUGGGUUUAGUGCCGGUGACCCUCAGAACCGCCGUCAUCUUCCUAUGCUUCUUCUCCGCCGUCGCCAAAUUCAAAACCUUAAACCGAACCUAUCCUUACUUCAACAAUUCCAUGACCACAGAAGCCAAAGCCGAGUUAAUAUUACAAAACCAUGCGGUGCUAAGCCAAGAUGCUCUGCAGGUUACUCCGGACUCCGCCAACCCGCUGGUAUUCGGACUCCAGAACCAGUCCGGUAGAGUGAUGUUCUAUCAAAAAUUCAAGCUAUGGGACGGCGACGUCAACAGCAACUCCGCCGUCGCCUCCUUCAACACCUCCUUCCUCGUCAAUAUGUUCCCAAACAACGGCACACCCGGAGAAGGCUUAGCUUUCCUGAUCGCACCCACCAUCGACAUCCCGCAGAACAGCUACGGCCAAUAUCUCGGCCUCACUAACGCCACCACCGAUAACCAAACAAGUAACGGAAUAGUCGCCGUCGAGCUCGACACGGUCCAACAAAAUUUCGAUAUCGAUAAGAACCACAUAGGUCUCAACAUACACUCGAUCAGAUCUGUAGUCUCCGAAUCAUUAACACCGAAAAACAUCACUCUGGUUACCGGCCCAAUCCCGUCGUUCGAGAACAUCUGGGUUCAGUACAAUGGCGACGAGAAGAUCAUCCGGAUUUACAUCGCAAAGCAAAUGGGAAAAGAUGACCCGACUCCGCCCAUGCCGGAAAACCCCAUCAUUGAACGAAAACUAGAUCUCCGGACAACAGUUAACCAGCACUCCUACUUUGGUUUCGCCGCUUCCACCGGAACCCUAAUCCAGCUAAACUGCGUUCGUCGAUGGAACUUAACAGUGACCUACAUACCUGAACCGAAGGGCCCAUUGAUGACAAUCUUACUCAGCGUUGGGAUUCCGGUGGUGGUGGGGUUGGUGGCGUUGGCGGCGUAUAUCGGUUACUAUCUAUACAAGAAAAGGUUGGUGGACCGGUCGCAAUCAAACAUUCUGAGCCGGCUGAGAACACUGCCGGGAAUGCCGAAGGAGUUCCAUUUCCGGGAACUGAAAAAAGCGACGAAUAAUUUCGAUGAGAAGAGGAAACUUGGGCAAGGUGGAUAUGGGGUGGUUUACAAGGGGGUGUUGCCGGAGGAUAAUGUGGAGGUCGCCGUGAAAUGGUUUUCAAGGGAAAGUUUGAAGGGAGAAGAUGAUUUCUUGGCUGAACUCACCAUCAUCAACCGUCUCCGGCAUCGUCAUCUUGUUCGAUUAUUGGGAUGGUGUCACAAGAACGGGAAGCUCCUAUUAGUUUACGAGUACAUGCGAAAAGGCAGUCUUGACAUGCAUCUGUUUACAGUAACCGGUGAGCCCUUAAGCUGGGCCCUCAGGUAUAAGGUCAUAGUCGGUGUCGCCUCUGCCCUCCACUACCUCCACUACGAAUACGACCAAAAAGUCGUCCACCGUGACAUCAAAGCUAGCAACAUCAUGCUCGAUUCCAAUUUCAACGCCCGUCUUGGAGAUUUCGGCCUCGCGCGUGCCCUAGAUAACGAAAAAACCUCGUACGCGGAAGCAGAAGGCGUACUGGGAACCGUCGGUUACAUCGCUCCCGAAUGUUUCCACACAGGAAAAGCCACUCAACAUUCCGAUAUUUACGCUUUUGGCGCUCUACUAAUCGAGGUUGUAUCCGGUCAACGCCCGGGGACAAAAAUCAACGGGUUCCAGUUCAUGGUGGAUUAUGUAUGGUCGUUGUAUCGUGAAGGGCGAAUCUUGGAAGCGGUUGAUAAGCGUAUUGUGGAUGAUUAUAACACCGAGGAGGCGAACAGACUAUUGUUGUUAGGGUUAGCUUGUUCGCAUCCGAUAGCAGGCGAGAGGCCGAAAACACAAGCCAUUGUUCAGAUGAUAUCGGGGGCACUGCCUGUGCCCCCGGUACCACCUUUCAAGCCGGCUUUUGUGUGGCCUGCGAUGAUGUCCAUCGACGACAUGUCGAUGGCCACAUCGAUCGAUACGACACCGUUAUCGAUCAGUCAGUAUGAGACUGACUGGAGCCCACUGAGCCGGGAAAAUUACUCGGGGUACACGGACCGAUCCAUGGUUUAGUUUCUUUUGGUAUGACUAUAACCUUUGGGGGUGAAUUCUUUAUCUUGUGAUUUUAUUUGUGAGGCAGGAGAAAAUUCUUCUGGUUGUUAUAAUAUUGGGAUCUUGUGUUUUGUAGUUAACACUAUAUUUCUUUGUUGAUAGGAUACGGAACAAGAAAUGCUCGUGUAUAAAUUUUAUGGGCUAUGGUUUUUUUUUCUUUGUAAAACAAGUUUACUCUUUUUGUUUCUUCUUUCAUUCAUUUA